UCCGAAGGCUGGUAGGGGUGAGAAACCCAGCCUGGAGCGCGCACGCCGGUCUGUGUGCAGGGCCCGUGGCUCUGUCCUCUGUGCGGCCUCUUUUGUCUGCGGGAACAAAUGCACGAGUUUCUGUCCCUUCAGUCUGCGCCCCAAGCGGAGACGGAGGCGGCCAGGGCAAGGCCAAGGCCUGGAGAAGGUUCGGGAAACCCUGACCCCGGUCUCACCAGCUCCAGGCGGCCAGCCCUCCACCGGCCCAGGGGGGCUGGGCGGAGCUCGCUGCGGGGAGCGCGGGGCGGGGCGGGCGCGGGCGCGUGACUCAGGCGGGGGCCGGGCCGGGCCGGGGCGGGGCCACCCCCGGGAGGCUCCCGGCCGCGGACCCGGAGCAUUGCCGCCGCCGCCGCCGCUUCGCACAGUCGCCAUGGCGCCCUACACCAUCGUCUACUUCCCUGUUCGAGGGCGCUGCGAGGCCACGCGCAUGCUGCUGGCUGACCAGGGCCAGAGCUGGAAGGAGGAGGUGGUGACCAAGGAGACCUGGCUGCAGGGCACCCUCAAGGCCUCCUGUCUGUACGGGCAGCUCCCCAAGUUCCAGGACGGAGACCUGACCCUGUACCAGUCCAAUGCCAUCCUGCGCCAUCUGGGCCGCUCCCUCGGGCUGUAUGGGAAGGACCAGCGCGAGGCGGCCCUGGUGGAUGUGGUGAACGACGGUGUGGAGGACCUCCGCUGCAAAUACGCCACCCUCAUCUACACCAACUACGAGGCGGGCAAGGAGGACUACGUGAAGGAGCUGCCCGGGCGCCUGAAGCCCUUUGAGACCCUGCUCUCCCAGAACCAGGGGGGCCAGGCCUUCAUCGUGGGCAACCAGAUCUCCUACGCCGACUACAACCUGCUGGACUUGCUGCUGAUUCACCAGGUCCUGGCCCCCAGCUGCCUGGACUCCCUCCCCCUUCUCUCAGCCUAUGUGUCUCGCCUCAGCGCCCGGCCCAAGCUCAAGGCCUUCCUGGCCUCCCCGGAGCACGUGAACCGCCCCAUCAAUGGCAAUGGGAAACAGUGAGGGCCUGUGGCACCCUCAGCAGGAGGCAGGGGCUUCCCUGGACCAAUAAAAUUUCCAAGAGAAAAGUG